AUGAGGCAGCACUAUCGAUCAAAAAUAUCAAUCGUACGCGUAAACGAUCUACAACACCUCAUAGAUUUGAACUACCGCAUCGACGCUGCCGAUCACCAGAUACAUCAGUCGACAACAGAACCUUACGUUCGGCGACCGAUUAACCAAGUGGAAGUAGCACGAGAAGACAGCGAGGAUGAAGAACUCCAAGAAACAAUGGUGAACCACAUCAGAGGGCGGCAACAGAACAUCGUACGAUCGGGUCAUUCAAACAACGGGAUUAUACCACAUGACCAAAGAAACGUCGAAACAGGAGCAGAUUUCUGGGACGCAUUUGGGAUCAAGCCAAUGAUCGAUAUGGGGAAAGGACCAGAAUAUCUGGAAACCGUACCGAACCGGAAAAACGAAAGUAUGUGCUUUACGAUCGAGCCGACCGACCAGGUACCGGAAACGAAGGAAGAAGAAGAAGACGAUACUCUAGAUAUUCCGGUUUUCGAGGGACCAACUGAGGCGGCUCCAGAUCCAGAAUCGGUUGAAACGGAACACGAAUUGAGUGCAGACGAAAGGGAGCAGUUGCUGAGGGUGAUCAAAGGAUUCGAAUUGACAUCCACCGGAAAAUUAGGUAGAACACAUUUGAUUGAGCAUGAAAUUGUGUUGAAAGAAGGAGCAACACCGCGUAAUCCGGCUAUGUACAAAUGCUCACCGUACAUGCAGGAAGCGAUAAGAAAGGAAGUGGAGAGAUUUAAGUCGCUAGACGCUAUCGAGGAAUGCUAUAGCGAAUGGACCAAUCCACUAGUACCUGUUCCAAAGAAAAAUGGGAAGGUCCGAAACAUCGGAGGAGUAUAUCGCUUUAAGGUUCUACCAUUUGGAGUGAUCAAUGCGCCAUUUACGAUGUCGCGAUUGAUGAACAAGGCUCUCGGCUUUGACUUAGAACCGAGAGUGUUCGUAUAUCUCGACGACAUAGUCAUAGCCACUGAAACGCUGGAAGAGCACUUGCGUCUUUUGAGAAUUGUAGGGGAGAGACUUCGACAAGCUGGUUUGACGAUUUCCUUGGAAAAGUCCCGGUUUUGCCGGAAACAGGUAAUGUACCUAGGCUAUUUGCUAAAUGAGCACGGAGUAGCAAUAGACAGUAGCAGGAUCCAACCGGUGUUGGAUUACGCAAGACCUAAGACUCAGGAGGACAUCCGUAGACUUAUGGGCCUCGCUGGGUUCUACCAGCGCUUCGUCAAGGAUUAUAGUAGGGUAACAGCCCCAAUAACAGAUCUCCUCACGAAAGAAAACAAAAGUUUAUUUGGAACAAUGAAGCUGAGAGCGCAUUUCGCGAACUAA